GCUCAUCUGCCGCCACCCGGUGGAUAUUCAACGCAGUUAAUCGUGUCGUGCUGAACUGGGAAAACGCUCAUCUGUCACUUCCGGUUCGUCUUUAUCGAAAGAAAUGGCGGACAUGGACGAACUGUUCGGGAGUGAUGGGGACAGUGACAACGAACAAAGAGUGGUCUCAGCCGUGGCGUCUGGCUCUGGUUCAGGUUCUGAAUCUGAGCCGGAGAUGCCCAGGUCCCGUUCCCAUAGUAACGCCUCCGGCAGCGACAGCGGGAGAGAUGAUGAUGAUGGACAAGAUGGGGGAAAGCCCAACACCAAGGAGCUGUUUGGGGAUGACAGUGAAGAGGAGCGCCAGAGCCGACACAGCGACAACCAAUCAAACCUGUCGGAACGCUCAGGAAACCAGUCGGACGCCAGCAUGCACUCGGAGCCCGAGGACAAUGACCAGUCAGACGCGGAGCAGCACAGUGGGUCGGAGAGAGGGCACCUGGAGGAAGAGGAAGAAGAUGGAGAUCGAAGGUCAGAGGCAGGCAGUCCAGUAUCGGGGGCGGGGAGCCCCAGGUCUGGGAGGGGCAGUGUUCGCUCUGAGAAGAGUAUCCAUAGCGACCCCGGGACCCCCCACUCGGCUCCCGGCACCCCCCACUCAGCUCCCGGCACCCCCCACUCGGCUCCCGGCACCCCCCACUCGGCUCCCGGCACCCCCCACUCUGCGCCCGGCACCCCCCACUCCGCGCUUGGCACCCCCCUGUCAGACCCCGGCACCCCCCUGUCAGACCCCGGCACCCCCCUGUCAGACCCCGGCACCCCCCACUCAGGGCCCGGCACCCCCCACUCAGGGCCUGGAACCCCCCACUCAGAUGGGGAGGGGUCAGGCAAGGAGAACCAAUCAGAUGAUGAAAAGUGGGGAGUAGGGGCUAAGAGUGACCAAUCAGAGGAUGAGGAAGAGGAGAAGAAGCGGCACCAAUCGGACGAAGAACGAGAUAAUUCUGAUGAGGACGGGGCGGGGCACAGGAGCAGGAAGAAGUCAGAGUCUGCGAAGGGCAGUGACAGCGAGGAUGACUUCGUCGGACGGAAAAACAAGAAGAUGGCGUCUGCCUCGGACUCUGACAGCGAUGUUGGAGCCAAGAAGAAGAUGGCGGCGUCUGGCUCAGACUCUGACAGCGAUGUUGGAGCCAAGAAGAAGAUGGCGGCGUCUGGCUCAGACUCUGACAGCGAUGUUGGAGCCAAGAAGAAGAUGGCGGCGGCAUCUGCCUCAGACUCUGACAGCGAUGUUGGAGCCAAGAAGAAGAUGGCGGCGUCUGGCUCAGACUCUGACAGCGACGUUGGAGCCAAGAAGAAGAUGGCGGCGUCUGGCUCAGACUCUGACAGCGAUGUUGGAGCCAAGAAGAAGGGUAAAGGUAAGAAGCCAGCAGCAGACGACCUGUUUGGAGAGGCAGACGACAUCUCAUCAGACAGUGAUGCUGAGAAACCCCCCACUCCAGGACAACCCCUGGACCAAGAGGAUGGUAUGGAAGGGGAGCAGGCUGAGGAGGAGCCUGUCCCAGAGACUCGUAUCGAGGUGGAGAUUCCUAAAGUCAGCACUGAUCUAGGAUCAGACCUCUACUUCGUCAAACUACCCAACUUCCUCUCUGUUGAGCCCAGACCCUUUGACUCCCAGUACUAUGAAGAUGAGUUUGAGGAUGAGGAGAUGUUGGAUGAAGAGGGACGGACCAGGCUCAAACUGAAGGUUGAGAAUACUAUCCGGUGGAGAGCCAAGAAAGACGAGGAGGGGAACGAGAGCAGAGAGAGUAACGCCCGCAUCGUCAAGUGGUCUGACGGCAGCAUGUCUCUCCACCUGGGCAACGAGGUGUUUGAUGUGUAUAAAGCUCCUCUCCAAGGAGACCACAACCACCUGUUCAUCAGACAAGGAACUGGACUACAGGGACAGGCUGUGUUCAAGACCAAACUCACCUUCAGACCCCACUCCACAGACAGUGCCACCCACAGGAAGAUGACCCUCUCUCUGGCUGACCGCUGCUCGAAGACCCAGAAGAUCAGAAUACUGCCCAUGGCUGGACGAGACCCCGAGUCUCAACGCAACGAGAUGAUCAAGAAAGAGGAGGAGCGCCUGCGUGCGUCUAUCCGUCGUGAGGGACAACAGCGGCGGAUGAGAGAGAAGCAGCACCAACGAGGGCUGAGCGCCGGUUACCUGGAGCCCGAUCGCUAUGACGACGAUGAGGAGGGGGACGAGUCGGUCAGCCUGGCCGCCAUCAAGAGCAAAUACAAGGGAGGAGGAGGAGGAGGGCUGAGGGAGGAGCGUGCUCGGAUCUACUCGUCUGACAGUGAUGAGGGUUCUGAUGAUGAUAAAGCCCAGAGACUGCUCAAGGCCAAGAAACUAGACUCUGACGAGGAAGGGGAGAGUUCAGGGAAGAGGAAGGCUGAGGAGGAUGAGGAGGAGGAGGUGGAACCCAAGAAGGCAAAGAAAUACGUCAUCAGCGACGAAGAGGAGGAGGAAGAUGAUGAAUGAUGUCAUGUUGUUGAUCAUACCACUGUAUUAUCAGUGUGUUGUUAUAUCCAGUGCGUUGCGAUGUAGACCUAAACGUUUCAUUUGUAGUUUGUAUAUUUUCUAAUGAUGCCUGUGUGUGAGUGAGAGAGAGAGAGCUCUGUACAGCUGUAGGAAUAAAGACCAGAUGAACUAAGUGUUUAUCUCAAUGACCAAA